UUCACCUCGGCCAGCACAAAGAACACGGACGUAGCUCACUCGGGCAAGCUGGGCGGAAAAUAUCUAGGCACUAUAAAAUCCUCGAAAAAAACAAUAUACGCCUGUCAUCAAUGACGCUCGGUGAGCACGACGGCCAAAAGACUACGACGACGGCCAGUGGUACGAAACCCUUGGAGACAACCAGAUGCCGCAUCGCGGAAAUUCUGCAAUAUUCCUGCGAUUGGUCUAAAAAGGACAAUCGCAUCAAUUGCCUCCCCUUUCCUCGCUUAUUCAGAAUUUGUCCCGGGCGACCAGCCGUUGAGAUUACACGGCAAGUCAGGGUGGAUAUCAAGACAGGGGAGGUAGAAAUACCUCCAGAAGUUCACCAAUUCUUGCCGAAGGGCAAACCGUGGCGUGACGUUGUCCGAUACUCUCAAGACGAGUCCUCUGAGCCUCCAGACUCUCAAGGUCAACAAACCGCAACAUAGGCAACUCCAAAGCUAGUGCAUUUUUAUUUACCUGUAGUCUUCUGGAUUUGAUUUGCGUCGAAUAGCAGCUUCUGAACCCACAAGAGUUUUGGUCUUGAGGGUUCGCAGGUCGUCCAGCUGUGGUGCAGACAAUGGCUCUGCGCACUGGUAGCCCCACGAAAUGCAUGGAAAUGGUCGAUCAUUAUCUUCUUCAGACAAUGGCGAAGACCAGCGGCCAACUCAGCCGUCGUAUUCAGUGCGUUUCGGUGCCUGAGCUGGCGAUGAAGCUCUUCUCUUCUGGGCCUUCGAACAACUUCCGGGCCUUGAGGCUAUGAUUCUUGCCACCGUCAUACAAUCCGG